CUGGCCCCGGCUCCUCCCGCCGGCCGCCCCCUUAUAAAACGGCGGUGCCGGCCGACACCUCACCACUUCUGCUGCCUGGAGCACCGCCGGACUCGUCAUGAAGCUGGCCAUCCUCGCCUGUCUGUUGGCUGUCGUCGCGGCGCGGCCGCAGGAUGCGGUUGCUAACCGCGUUCGCGACCGGGAGGCCCAAAUCCUCACCUUCAAGAAUGAAAACAAGGAGGACGGAAGCAACGAGAACUCGUACACGGCUGACAACGGCAUCAGUCACGACGAGACGAUCGAGCUGAAGGAAGUGCAGGCGACCGACGAGGACGGCAACAUCGUCACGCGCGUGGUGCCCUUCUACACAGGCGUAUUCAGCUUCCCACUGGACGACGGCACGUUCGUCAAGAGGCGCUACUUCACCGACGACACGGGUCUGCACAUCGAGGCCGAUGACCUGCCCCAGGCCCCUGUCGAUCCCCAGGCACCUGUGCUGUGAUUUAUGUUGCCCCAACCAUUCUGCUUGGCGUCCUGGCCUUGCUUUAUGAACUCAUCGCCGUUUUAGCGCUCAUACUGGAGUGGACUGGCCCCGCAGAUAGGAGCAGUCAAUACAUAACGACAUAGUC